AUGUCCGAUCUGAGCGAUGAGGCGAACCGAGUAUAUUUUGAACAACUUAUUGAUGGCCCCAAUGUAGAGCAAUUCGAUAAUGAGAAGGAACGAGAGGAUACGAAUGAGAAUAUGGUGGAUUCAAGGGCAGCACGACAGAUUUCUCGAGGAUUGCCUACAGUGAAAAAGCUCACGAUUAAGAACUUCCGAAGAAAGAAUGACGACAUAGCCGAUUUGAUGGCAACUGGAUGGCUUACUCUCGAAGCGAGCAUAAAUGCUAUUCAGACUAAACAACAUGUCACUACGAACUUGGAACAGCUGUAUAAAGUGGUGGAAUCGUUGUGUGAAAAUAAAAUGGCAAGAACCACAUAUGACAAGCUGUUGGACAAUAUCCGCAAGUGGAUUGGUCGAUUUAGGAACGAAUUGAGUGAAAAGUGCGUAGCUGGUGGAGUGGAGUUUAUGAAGGCGAUAGAGAAUCUUUGGAGUGAUUAUUGUGAACAAAUGAUUCUUAUUCGUAACGUAUUCUUAUACCUUGAUAGAACUUUCAUUCUAGAAAACAUUGACGAAUCACCCAUUUGGGAGUCAUCUUUGGUAAUUUUUCGUGAGGAAAUUAUACUGCAUGGCAGUGUACUGAAAAAGUUGGUCUCUGGAAUUUUAGAUAGAGUUGCCGAAGAAAGGGCUGGAGAUCAGGUGGAUCGUUAUUUAUUGCGAGCUCUCCUUCGAAUGUUGCGAACACUUGAUUUAUAUAAACAGGCUUUCGAAGAUGAAUUCCUUUCAAGCACGAGCGUUCAUUAUACUCAUGAAAAAGAAAAUGAGCGAGUCGAUCUUUACCUUGACGAAAGCACUCGAACGCCGCUGUUGACGAGAGCUGAAAAAUGCCUUAUAAGUGAUCAUAUGCAGGAAGUCGUAGACAAUGGUCUCUCGUUGUUACUGAACGACAAUCGUGUGAGUGAUGUGUCACGACUGUAUUCUCUCCUCAGUCGGGUCGAUGGAGGGAUUGCCCUGCUCAAGACAGGAUUUUCAUCGUAUAUCAAGGUGAGUUAG